AUGAUAUCCAACCCAUCGGCUUUGAACCUCACGCAACACAUCUUUGCCAGCCGCUCGAUGGCAAACCUUUUUUUGAGUUAUAAACAACACUUCCGGAAAGCGAACAAUGAGUGGUCGUUUUGGGCGGGUCAACCGAUGGGUAAGGCGCAAUUUCUACGGGUGAUCGGACCUGUACGAAGAGACACCUUCAAAAAGCGAGUCAUUCGUGAUUCUUUCAAUGAUCGUGGUAUCUACCCAGUUGAUGGUAGCAAGGUCCUAAACAAGAUAUCUAAUGGGUGGGACGACAUACCUGAUAUAGAUGCGUCUGAUCUUCGUUCCUAUGGCGCCCGCACACCGUCUCCGCCACCAGCCUACCUUCCAUCGUCUAGCGUUGAGAGUACGCCUCCAAAAACCUUAGAAGCGCUUCGGAAGAAUCAUGCGAAGAUAUCAAGGCACGCAGAGCUUCUAGCGCCAAAGCAACAGCGUGGUCUCGAGCGCAUCUUCCGCCAGGAGGAAGCUACGUUUGAAGAUAACCAGUCCUACCGUCGGACCGUCAAUCAAAUUAGGGGCGCACAAGAACCUAUGUGGCGCUCUAAAACCAGACGGCAGAUCAAAGGCCUAAGCGACAAUGGUGCAUUGACCAUACGCGAUGCGAAUCGAUCGAUUGCGACCAGGAAGGACGAAGAAGGCGCAGCAGAAAAGAGACGGCUUGCAAGAGAGUACCAGAAGACGUACGGUUGCAAGCUGCCAGACGUGCCAACCCAGGAGAACGAGGCAUCGCUUGAAGCAGCGAGAGUGGCGGAAGAGAACGGGGAGUUGUUUUAUUUUGAUCCCGCGCCAGUGCGUUGA